GGUCAGGGCCAGCGCAGGGGCAAGGGACAGUGACAGUGGCAGGGGCAGGGCCGGGGCAGGACCGGCCCCCUCCUACCGCCUCCCCGGCUUCCUCCCGGCCCCGCCUGUUGAUGUUUCACUUUGUUUUAAUUCCCGGGUCGCAAGAUGGAGGCGGCGCUGAGACGUCGGGAGUUGUUGCUGUUGCUGCUGUCGCUGCUGCUGCCGCCGCCGCUGGCCACCGCGGUGCUGGGCCCGGCCGCGCCGCUGGGACAGGAAAUGGUCCGAGUCGGUGUUACAAUGUUGCAAGCCAAUGGAGAACUUCACAAAGGACAGGUUCUUUUUAAUAUCACCUAUAUUAAUGGACAGGUAUAUGUAAAUGAUUUUCCUAUGAAAAGCGGGGUUGCCCACGUAACAUGUCAAACAGUAAUAUUGGAGAACGGAAACUUGGAUAACUUAGCAGAUCAGCAGCGCCUGGGAACCGUCAGUGUUCGCAUCAUGGUUCACGAGUGGCCUUUGGCAUCCAGUUCUGAUUUGCAGCUGAUUGUCGUUCAGGAGGAAGUGACAGAAAUUGAUGGAAAACAGGUUCAGCAAGAAGAAGUAACAGAAAUAGAUAUUUUAGUAAAGGACCUGAGAGUACUCAGACAUUCAAACUACACUGUCCCUUUGAAAGAGAGCAUGCUGUAUUCCAUCCCGAGGGACAACGACAUGUUAUUUACACUGCCCAACCUCUCAGGAAAAGAUAUUCAAGAUCCACUGCAAACUACCAGUCAGUACCUCAUCCGGCAAGUAGAGACUACGGUAGAUGAAGAGACAUUACCUGGCAAGUUACCAGAGACCCCUCUUAGGGUAGAACCUCCAUCUUCUUACAAGGUGAUGUGCCAGUGGGUGGAAGACUUGAGAAAAGGAUUGUGCAGAUUCUGGUUCCGAUCUUUACCCAUCUUGUUUAGUUUCAUGGAAGUUGUUGUAGUUGGAAUUGUUGGAGCAGCUCUUAUUAUCAAAGUCUUAAAGGUGAUUCUCCCUUCCUGUGAAAACAAAGGCAUCCUUCUUCUGGAUCAAGUCAGCUUUGUACCUGUGACUACUAUCAGCCUGCCUUCAGAUCUUCCAGACAGGAAAAAUAAUUUAGAUGAGAAAGCAUGUACUUAAUACUGUAUUUACUUUGGAGUUACUGGUUUUUAAAAACACACUUUUAGUUGACCUGAAAUUUGGCACUUGAGCUUAAUACUUUGUUUGUCUCCUACUAAGAAAACUAAGUCAGUUGAUUAAUUGAUAAAAGGGCAACUCAGGCCAAGGCCCAAAGCUGACUUCCUUGUGCCUCUUCAUAAACAAGCAGCCUUUUCAGAAUCAGCCUUUUCAGAGCAGCUUUCCACCCUGAGGACUACCACUGGUUUUAGCUUCUGUGAAGUCACUUUUCCACACCUUGGACAGGAUGCUCGCUGCCUUCAUGCCCAUAAAUAAACCAGGUCAGUUGUCCUGACUAGCAAGAUGAUGAAAUUCAGGGUGUCCUUAAGUCUGCAGAAAGCAUUCUUCAGAAAAGGACUAGGGAGUAUUGCAAACAUCAGCUGUGCCAAAAGCCUAAGCAAAGCUGCCCAACCUGGCUCAGGUCUCAUAGGGUUGAGUGUGCCUUGCAAGGAAGAUACCACUACGCAACAUUUGUGUUACUCAAGAAAUUUGACAUUUUAUAUAUGCAAAACAAAAAUUAAAAAAGCAGAUUUAUAUUUCAAGCACUUUACGUUUUUAUGGUCCCUUCCACUCAUAAAAAUUGUUAGCAGUUGUAAUUAUAGUAUGCUUUUUGUAUCUGUGACAGCAAUACUAUGUGAAGUCCCAAAAGAAAAAUGAAAAUUCUAUGGAAUUGUACAGAAAUACUGGCUUACUAUUGCUAAGUAGGCCCACUCUGCCCAUACCAGUUUCUAUUGUUAACAUUUUUCAAAUAAAAUUUAAAUUGUUUAUUAAACUGUGUUCACUUUUGCAUCUAUAGUUAUAAAGAACAGCAGUUUGCCAAACAUGUUAGCUACAGGGUACUAUUUGUUUUUUAGCUUUUCACUGUUCUUACUUAGAAAAAUUGUUUGUCAGAAGAAUGACUAGGAAAAAAAUUCAGAGCUGUAACUACCUGGCACUAGACUGAGCACAGUUAUCAUCUGAGUGAUCAGAAUUACCCAUGUGCAGCUGAUUUCCCCCCCUCCCACCUUAAGGAAACAUUAUCACAAAUGUAAUGAGAUCCAAGUUAUUCAGAUGCUGGUCCGUACAGCUGGUCUGUGACAGGAACAACUCACGUUGUCUCUCUCAAUUGACAGCACUGCAGUGAUAGAAGGAACAUUUCUAACACUGACUUGCCUUGCAAAAAACUAAACCAAGACUCACCACCCAGCAGUGCAGUGUGGUUGGUACAUGUCAGCCCAAGGUAACAGGGACACUGCUCAAACUGCCCCUUGCUUUUUAAUUUUAAUUUUUGUUCUACCACUCUUAGGGUGGCAAAGGGGUUGUCAUCCAUGGCUGAACAGGAAACUGCUAAGAUUAACACAGGAAUGGUGACUGCACACACAGGAGCAGCUCUUCAAACAGUUGUAGACAGACUUCUCUGCAUGUGGAAAUUCAUGUUCUUUACACUUUAUGAACAUAGCUCUGGCUCCUUCAUUAGCAUGGUUCAAGUAGAAGUGAUGUAUAAGGCUGAAGUUAGCUUCUUCAGGGAAAAAAAAAAGUAGGAUGGAAAGAAACACAAUAGUUCUUCCUUAGUGCACAAGCACAGUAUGAAUUACACUGCAGAUGGAAAUCUGGCAGAUGUUUGCAUAUGCUCUUUGCAUCCCUCCUUAUGAAACUGUAAACCAAGCACCUGCACAGAAACAAGGCGAUUUAGCUCUUCUAAACAGCUGCAACAAAUGAGUGGUUAAGCCUGAAAAAAAGUGUUGGUACUGCUUCACAACUUGGCUGAUUUCCAUGAGCUCAGUAAUCCUCUUCUGUAUGGUGUUUACAAAGUAUGAGGAAAGAAGUACUACCACCAGGUAAUGAAAUUCUAAAGACAGUGCAAAUCUUGAACACAGUAAUUGCCAGACAACGUAGCAGCUUUAAGGAGCUGGAGUUACUGAGUCUUAAAUAAAGUUAAAGCACUUGUGUUUCUGCUUUAGCAUGCACAUGGAUUUCCCAAAUCAUAAGUCUUGCACCUUCCAGAGGAGUGCUACUUUGAGCUGGGACUAAUCUGAACUAUUUUGUAAAUUGAUUUAAAAACCACCUUAUGCAAUUAAUGCAGUUGGGAAAGAGCAACUGUCUUGCAUGCCAGUCACGGUACGUCUCAUUUUCCCAGGACAUGAACUGAUAAGAAUACAUGUGUCCACUAGGGAAAAGAAAGUGGGGGGACAGGGUACUGAAAAAAACCCAAAAAACUCCCAACUAUCAAAAAAACCCCUUGGGAGGAUGGCAGUAGGUUUUUAGGAACAGCAACAUCUCUUACCUCCUCACAAACUGUGGCUCUCACUGCAACCAUGUAUCACCAUAUUGUGUGUUCCAAACCAAAAUGAAGCUCUGAGCUACAAAUUCAGCCUCUACCACAUAUUACAGAGGUGUUCAUUUUGUUCAUUCAGAGUGAACUGGGCUAGUUGAGAACUAAACUAUUGCUUUUAAAGUGAGGUUUACUGUAGGAGUUCUCAAAAUAUAUCACACUUUCAGUCUAAGUGGCCCCUUACCGGACUGCUUCCAAGGAUCAAAGCUUGCCUCCUUUCCCUUCUUACUUGGGGGACAGAUUGAGUAUUUUGGUUUGCCUGCAAUGAAUUAUGAGAAGAAAUCUCCUCCUGUAACACAGUUAACAGGUCCACUCUCAUCCUAACAUAAAAAAAAAAAAAAGUAGUAUGAGAACCCACUUCUUCAAAAUACUACAUAAUUAUAAUUUUCUUAACUCUGACACACAAGGCUAUCCAUUUGAAAUGAAAGAAGUAAAUCAGUUUUCCACUUUGGAAAUGGAAGUAUAAAUGCACACACUUGUGUACUCACCUGAACUUUCCUUCAUUUCUGCCAGGUUCCCUCAAGGGUGCAGGAGCUCUCACAAGAUCUUAGUGUUUUACUAGAUCGUCUCAUCGCUGACACUGCUGGAAGUCCCUUUUCAGUGUGUCCAGCUGUCACUUACAACAUAGUGAUGAAUUUUAAGUACAUAGAAGAUGUUCACAAUAAUGGCAUUUACACAACUCUAUCUUUGAGAUGCACUUGCCUCCUACUCAGACUGCAACUUUUCGUUACCAUUUGUCCUUCCCGGCUGCCUUGCAGCAUCUAAAGAGACACAUGAGCAGGAAUUCCACAGCCAGUUUCAUAUAGCAUGUAUCUACCAUCUGAAACAAGUCUGGACCUAUUUGAUUCAUGAAAAAGCAUAAAAGUUUAUCUGAAAGCAGAACUACAGCUGCCUGCUCUGGGAGGAGCUAGCAGAAAGAAGUGUUUCCAAAGUAGUAGCAGAUGGAUAGAAAUUAUAGCUGUUUUAGUUACAAUUACCAUUGUAGAGGAAAAUCUAAAAUUAUUACCUAGAUGGUCACCAUAGAACCCUUCUCAGAGAACUGCUACAUUCUACUUACCAAGUAAUGAAAAAAGAGAAUUUAGAUUUUUUGUCAAUUGUUAAGUCAGGGUUAUCAAUUGAGCACAAAUAACACCUGCUGCCUUAUCAGAACAGCCUUACCAAAAUAAAUGUGUAAGCCAGGACCCAACCUACCAGUCUAGAGUUCUGACCCUUACAGUACCAUACAGUCAAGGAAGAAAAACAUACUUCAGAAUUAAUGUCAGAAAGAUUUUGUUUUCUCUUAGACUUACAAGGAGACUUCACAUGUGACUCAGCGUCACCACUGACCACACAGAGUUAGUUAACACUGGCUGGAUGUAUUUUAAUAUCAUUUAACAGACACCAUAAACCCACAAUGAUCCUACCCCUUGCUUAAACUUCAGUUGACUCUAUUAAGUGUUACAGCAUGAGGGCUGCUGUUCCACAUCUCAACCUUUGCACAGGUUCCUUAGUAAUACCUUAGAAACAGUUUGAGGGUAGAAUUCUCCAAGAUCAGAUAGGAAAACUGUCUUUGUAACCAACUCGUUCUUCCUGUUUCCCAGUUCUCAGCAUCCCUUACUCAUUUAGCAGGGCUAGUUUGGUUUUGUUUUUUGGGUUUUUUUUGGUGUUACGGCAAUAUUUUAAGAGUAAAUACUCUGAUAUGAGAGUUCUAGUAUUAAAUUUAAGUAAUCUUGAAAAUCAAAGCAGAUACCUUCAGCAUUUGAGAAAAACUGGUGACUUUUGAGCAAGUUAAAAGAGAGCUAGACAAAAUUUGCAUUUAAAAAAAAUUUAUUGAGACAUCUGUUGCUCUUAAAUUACAAAAGUUAAAAAGAGCACGCAGUGCACUGAAACACCACUGAUUACAUCUAAAGCUGUUUUAAGACAUAAAGUAGCUUCUUCAAGAGAAGACAACUCAACAUGAUCCAAAUUCAGCUAUCCAUUUCUCAUAUUUCUCAAUGUCCGCAGCAGAUACUGAUUUAGAAACUUUCUUCAAAGCUAUUUCAAAGUCUUCCAUAGUUGUUGGCAUGUGCAUUUCAUCUCGGGGAAGAUUUCUUAUUUCUUCUGGUGUCAAGCCUUCAAUACGCCUUCUCAUAGCCAUCAAUGAUGCAUCUCUAUUCAGGAAGGUAAGAAAUAAAAAGAAAUAAAUGUUUACUCGAUGCAGGACAGUGAGUUCAGUUGUUUGAAAGGCUCAACAUACCAUUCCAGUUAAGCUGUUGCAUUCAAAAAGAUAGAAUAAAGAACUGUAAAUUUUUAUAUCAAGAUCUCCAAAUGCUAUCCACAUUUUUCAGACAUGGAUUUAUCCUCACUGGAUGUCUGAAUAGCUAGUACUCACAGGCUAGGCAAAAGAGGUGAUGAUUAACCAGUUUAUCUAAUGCCUAUGAUGUAGCCGCUGUUUAUUGUAUUUUUAAACAGAAACAAGGCAAAAGUAACAAUUUCACUCCUCCUAGAUAUAGCAGGAGUAGCUGGAGCAUUUUGAAUGUUUCCUGGUUUGAAUAGGAAACCUGCUUCAAAGACAGUCAACAGUAUCUACCUCCAACCAGCAAAAUGCUAAAUGACAAAAUCUGUUCAUCUGUAGCUCCUCAAACUUCUGGCCUCAAUGAGCAUUAAGUGUCUUUAAAAGUGUGUCAUUUUCUUUCUGCAUUAGGUUUGACUGCAUUUAGAUUUCCAGCAGUAAAUCUAGUAGCAGCAGGUGGUGAGCUGGUGAGGUGACAGAUAACACUGGGAGACUAAAGUUCCUCCUAAUUCAUUGUUAUAUAGCUUAUAAGAAAAUGCUGCUUAUUUGUCUAGUAGUAAAAAAAAAAAAUGGAAGGGUAAUCCCACUGAUAUCACAACAGUGUAUCAUAUCACAUUAGCAGGUGAGAAUCCAAAGAGAAAAAACUUGCACAUUGUGUUCUAGGAGGAUUUAGAAAGAUGGUUUCAGCAUAUUCUGUUUCAGUAUGAACCCCACCCCCUAAAGAAAAUCAUAACUGACAGACUUCAUGAACAUACUAAAUAACUGUUAAUUAAGAAAUUAAAAUGCAUAAUACAGGAACUAGAAUUUCAGAACAACCCCAAGAAGUUGCCUUGUUGAAUUCCAUCUUAGCCAAGUAUCACCAUGCUUUGCUGUUAUAACAUCAUUUGUGAACUAAAAGCCAGUGUUACACAAUGGUGAGGGGGAGCAUUCCAUGCAUCUAAUUUGCUUCCAUACAGCAGUUAAAAAAAAAAAAAAUCCAGCAAAACCAACCCAACCAACCAACCCAACAAGCCCACCACACCUCAACACACCCACACAAAACUGAAAUGCAGCUGCCACCACUUCCUUUUGUAAAGUCAUUUUAUCGACAGUCAUUCCAACAUGAACUCUCAGUGCUUUCUCAAACGCAUUCUUGGUGCCUGGAGAAGCACAAAAACUGCAUUCAAAAAAACAAGCAGCCACCCACUGAAAGAUGCAGCAGGGGCCAGUUCUGUUCAAAAGGCCUUUCGACAUUCACAGCCCUCUCAAAACAAUGAUUCAAAGUCAAUUCAUACUCAAUCUAAUACGCAAUUCAGAUGCAUUUUGCAUUCCCUGAAUGUCAUUUUAAAAUAAAGUUUUGCCUUCAUUUUCCAUGGUUAUAUGCUGACUAUUAGAAACUAUACUGUAACCUCUGACUGAUUUUCACUCUGGCUCAGCAAACUCUGAACUUCAAUUUCUUUAAGAUGGGGGAGUAAUUUCAGUAAACCUCGUCUUGGGCCACUUUUUCUUUGGUUUUGCUUGUGGCACUAGCAAGGACUGUCAUAGUCUACUGGUUUGAACUUCACUAUGCUUACAUAUUGUGAGUCUGAACCAUACAAAAGCACUUAAAUCAGCCACAUCUUUCUGACUCAGUGUUAAUGAAACAAUCAUAUCCAAGAGCUGUUUCUCCUGACACUAUGAAAGAAGUGUAAAUACACAGGCUAAUAUGAGUACUUCCUAAGUAAUUUCAAAUCAUGUGAAUCCAAACCUCAGUUCAUCUGGAUUUAUGCUUGCUGCCACCUCAGUUAUCACUUAGAAGAUUGCCACAAAUGAAAGACUCAGGUGUUGCUUUUUAGUUUUUUCAUCUGUUAGUUUGCUUUUGUUUUGUUUAAUAGUAUUUCUACAACGGGACUUUAGGUAAAAAAAUCAGAAGUAACAGUGUGUGCAUAUGUAUAUACACAUAUGUAAUUCACUGAAAAAUAUUAAAAGUAUUCUGACUUUUAAACAAAUGUAUUGAUAUUCAGUCUAAAAUUAUUCACAAAAAAACACUAAACAGACCGGAGGAGACAAAGUGCAGCUAAAAUGCACAAAGUAGCAGACCAAAUAAACUCUUUUAUAUGACAUGAACCUAUUAGCACAAGCUCCUUUCAGAGCACAACCAACACCAAGACCAAGACUGAUCAAAAGAACACCACAAAUUCAUCUCACAAACCUACAAAUGAGACAAAUCUGCACAACACAGAUUCAAAGCAACUAACAUACCAUUCUUUUCCCAGACACUGCACAAGGUUUGUUCAGGAAGCCGUACUGAGGCUCCAUAUUCUUAGUUCAGCCUUAAGCGACCCUGCUGAUAGAGCCUUUGGUGGCAGUUUUGUGUACAGGCUACUUGCAUUCAUCCCUGUGGCACAGCAUAUUGUCCUCUCAGCUGUGCUGACACAUGUUUGCAGAGCCUUAUUAGGAAUCUAGGCAAGAAACAGAUUCGCGUUUGAGGAAAUAAUGAGAAGGUGUUUUUAAUCCAGAACAGCUCUCUCAUCCUGUUCAAAGUACAGCACCACAAGGGUUGGCUGGCACAACGAGGAGCUCAAGCCUUGCCCUGCCACACCACAGUGCUACCUCCAAAGCCUGAAAGCAUCAUUACACAGGUGCUUAUCAGAUGACAUCAUCAUCUUAAAAAGCUUCAGUUCCCUGUCCCUUCCUGGCAAUUCCAUAAUUUGCCACUGCUGCAACUGUGCCAGUGCAAGUCUUUUGAUGUAAACCACAUGACUGAAGAUCAGUCCUCUCCUUUUCAGUUUUUGAAAGAAAAUAUAGAGGAAGGGUUAGAAGGUAUUUUUAGCCAAUUAUUUCAGCAAUCUAGGUUAGAGAACAGGCUCACAAAUGAUUGUAUGUCAACAGUAUGGAGAAGAAGGAGAAAUGGAUGAGGUAGAAAAAAAACUUAGGUCUGCCUCAUCACAAUAGCCACUGUGCUGAGUACAGAGCUCUUGUACCACCACACAACACCUUUUCUGUGUCAUGAAGGAAGAAUGCUCUAUGUUGUUACUUAGGUACUCUGGCCACUGCCACUAACACCUCUCUACAUAUGAAUUUCUGCAGAAGUGUAACCCCAGUGGAAUAACUGCAAAUCUACAAGUUAAAGUUUACCAUCCUGUGGAUAUUCCUCACGAAAGGAAUUUAGUCUACACGAAAGAACGCGGAAUUUUACCUAAAUCAUAGCUUAUUUAAAUUACUAUGUUGCAACUGACUGCUCUUCAAAUGGAAACUUAGGUAAAUAUUAACGCAGUAUUUCACCUUUUAGCCAUACAUAAAAGACAAGUUGCAGUCCAUUUUUAUCCAACAACUUUAAUCAUGUAACUUGGUUACCUUACAAACAGUUUUCUUGCAGUGUGUAGCGAUAGUAACGCAAAUGAUGCAAUGUUAACUUACCUGCAUACAUUGGUGAUGUCUGCACCUGAAUAACCUUCCAUUUUCUCAGCUAUGUUUGCAAGGUCAACAUCAUCAGCCAGUUCCAGCUCUCGCAGAUUUAUUUUUAGGAGUUCCUCUCUACCUUUUGCUAAUGAAUGAAAAGAAAAUUGAGACUAUACAAUUUGCUCUCUGAAGAUAAAUAAUAAUUGAAGAGUGAUAAGAGGGAAGAAUGAGAAAAAGGACAGUGUAUUUGCUAUAAAGGUAAAUUUCAUGUUUAGAUUUCACCUGGUCCUGAAUCCGUAAGUGAAUUUGCUUACAUGUAUCAAUUAGAUUUUUAAAUCGGGCAAUCAAAACUAAAGGAAUAUUGAUAAAGUUUAGAUUUUAGUCUUUUUAACCACUCCUCUCCCCAACUCUUCAUACCUGACGGUAAAGGAAUGUAAAUUCUCUUUUCUAGUCUCCGUCUUAGGGCUUCAUCAAUAUCCCAAGGAAAAUUAGUAGCAGCAAGUACCAUGACCAUCUUAGAAGGAUCAUCAUUUUCAGUAGCCCCUCCGACACCUGCAAUAGAGAAAAGAGAAAGUAAAACAUACAUAGAAGUUUCAUGUAUAGAGAGAACAGUAUCCAUGGUUCUAUAAUAUUAAAGCAGUUACUCUAUUGCACUUUAGUGAGUCCAAGCAUAAGAGACUCGCCAAGUGCAACAGAAUUCACUUUUUCAUCUCUAUGACAGUCUGCAAAAAUAAAUGGAAACUUGGUUUAAACAGGAGCAGUGGCAUAGGCCACUGCUGAGAUCAGGAAGUUCCUCUCUAUCAUGGUUAGAAUGGUUUUACAGCAGAGUUGUAUGCAUUUCUGCCAUUAGAGCAUUUCAAUUUUCAUAUCAACAUCUUAUAACAGCAUGUGAGGAAAACCAAAACAACUCUCCAGAACCAUCACUACACUCUAAAACAGACAUUCCCCCACAGUAUUCACUAACAGCCACACAAGAGCAGCAUUACUUCCCUACAAAGUUUCUUCAGUUCUGAAUACAGGCCAAAGGUUUCAUAUAUACAGAUGGAUUCUUACAAACUGCUGGAGUUAAUGUUUAAAUUGGGUGGACUAAAUCACAACUUCUCAGAGACAGGGAGACCACCCCACUUUCUAAACACUAUGAAUCUGCUGGAACAGGAAGAAGGUAAUUUCAUUAAACUUGCUACUCUCUGCAUUUACUGGUUUCGUUUAUAAUUAUAGGAUUGGGCCAUGGGAUAGGCAUUGUACCUAGUCUGCCAGAGAAUCUGCAGAUAAAACACCAUUUAUGAAUGCUCAAGUAAAAGGAUUCAAAUAGUUGCUACUAAUAAAUUCAGAUUAUGUACAUCCUUGACACGAGAACAGUAUUACAGCUCUGCUGCUAUUUAAAAUCAAACAUAAAAGGGUAUCAACAUCAGAGACAGAGAAAUAAAUAAACAGAUGUUGCGAUUCAUGGAAUUCUAUCACAAAUCAUCCCACAGAGUAGCAUUUUUCAGUUACUCCUUUCCUUCUCUCUGCUCACCAGAGUAUAAAAAGGAUACCUCUACAGAAACUUUGCACUGUAUUACCUACUUUUGAAGUUUGUUGACUUGUGAAAUAUUAACCAAAUAGCUGUAAUAAACUCAGUGUUCUAAAAUUAAAACUCUCUAAACCACUUCUAUAUAAAAAGUCUUCAUUUUUUGAUUGUAUCUUUAACAGAAAAAGAGAUCCCAAAGAAGUUAAGUGUACUGAUUGCCUUUGAAGUUUAAAUUGGAACAGGUGGCAGUUCUUUUGAAACACUUUUUACUUGGUUUUGGAGAAGUGAGUGAUAUGCUAGGCAAAGAUUGAGAGAAGCAGUUAAUACUUUCUUUUCUUCUGCUGUUUUGAAAUCUUGCAUUUUCCACUGAAACUUCAUUAUUCUGGGUCACUAAUAUAAGGUCAUAGCUCAGAAGCUAAAAGACUGUUAAAUAAUUUUUCCUUCCACAUCAAUGAUUGGAGUGGUGCACUUGUAGAUCUCUAACCCAAUUCUAUGUACAGCUUUGACGAAACUACUUCUGAAGAAUGAAGUUUUCAAUGUGGGGUUUUUUUUGGGGUCCCUCAAGUUUCCUCCAGUCCAGCACUUCCCAGUAAUCAGGUUAUUUACCAUCCAUUUGAACCAGGAGCUCUGCCUUCACACGUCUGCUGGCUUCGUGUUCCUCCGAAGUUCCCCUUCGACUACAGAUAGAGUCUAUCUCAUCAAUAAAUAUAGUUGUCGGGGCAUAAAAUCGAGCCUAAAGAAAGCAAAGACAAAGUGGAAGCUGAAGUAGCAGUCUACUCCCAUUUAAGAGCAGCAUAUUCAGACUUGAGUAAAGACAUAUUUACCCCAUUCAAUCAGCUCAUAAGUAUCAAACAAUUCCCAAUCUUCCCUCUCUUGGACCACUGCACACUGGUAUAGAGCAGCUGUGCAUUUGAGCAGAACCGCUUUUGGCAAAGUCCUGUAAUUGUUAGGGCUAUAAACAAACAUUUAAUGAGCUAAACACAGUUUUCCACAUUAGGACUAACAUUUAUAACUGUGAAAGUCAUCACAGAAUGCCUGAAUAAGAUUUCAGUCUGAGCAAGAAUGAAUGUUAUGCUGGGACACCAUGACAUGGAACCUGUCCAAGAACCAGGUCAACUGCAAAAUAACUCUGACCCUUUUGAAAACAAGGGAAGUCAAAGACAAGGAUCUACAAUAAUAAAGGCUAUUGUCUUAAAACAGUUGAGAUAGUAUUGAUUGUGUAUAUACAUUUUCGAUCAAUCAUAUUAAAUGAGUUGAUAUCAUGCCUAUCAAACUACUGUGUAAAAGAUCUUUUAUUUCCUGACUUUUCUGACUACUGUAAUUGCAACUCUGCUGCUCCUCCCCAGAACUGGACACCCUAACAAACACUGCAUACAAACUUGGUAACAUAUGACAAAAAAAAAAAAGAAAAAUUACUAUUUUCUGAGCCAAUUUCAAAUCUUAUGCGCUUUGAAGCCAAC